UCUCAGCACUAGUCUGGUGUAUGCGUGGUCUUAAGUGUGCGUGUGUAAAUGAAAAAAUUUUGUUAAAAUUGUAAAAAAUUAGAUUUAACGACCCGGAGGAGUUCGACAAGCGAAUUAAAAAUGGAUGUAUCGCAGCCACCGCCACAGCUGUUGACAGCACCAUCAGCCCUGGCCACCAAUUUCACAUCGCUGCCGCCUCCGUCAAUGGGCGGCCAACACUACAGACAUUAUCAUCCGCAUCAUGGCUCCAACAAGCAGGGAUAUAAUCACUUCAAGCCAUUCAUGCCAGGAGGGUUCCAGCGUCCAUUUGGCAUGUCCCAGGAUGAUUUUGAUGGCAAAAGAUUGCGCAAGAGUGUAAUGCGCAAGACGGUCGAUUAUAAUGCUUCGAUCAUAAAGAGCUUGGAGAAUCGUUUGUGGCAGAGGGAUUACCGAGACCGGUUAGCCCUACAACCAGAUAGCAUCUAUGUACCGCAGAUGUUACCGCCCUCCAGUUACCUAGACAAUCCCUCAAAUGCAGUUACGACGCGCUUCGUUAAAACGGCGACAAAUAAAAUGCGAUGUCCCAUUUUCACGUUAGCCUGGACUCCAGAGGGUCGCCGCUUAGUAACGGGUGCCAGUUCAGGAGAAUUUACUCUAUGGAAUGGCCUUACCUUUAACUUUGAGACUAUAUUGCAAGCCCAUGACAUAUCUGUGAGAACAAUGGUCUGGUCACACAAUGACAGCUGGAUGGUUACGGGAGAUCACGGCGGCUAUGUCAAAUACUGGCAAUCCAAUAUGAACAAUGUUAAGAUGUACCAGGCCCACAAGGAGGCAAUUAGGGGAAUAAGUUUCAGUCCAACGGAUAGUAAAUUUGUCAGCGGCAGCGACGAUGGAACUUUAAGGAUAUGGGACUUUAUGCGAUGUCAGGAGGAGAGAGUACUGCGAGGUCAUGGUGCAGACGUAAAGUGCGUACAUUGGCAUCCACAGAAGGGAAUGAUUGUAAGUGGAAGCAAGGACAAUCAACAGCCCAUCAAAAUUUGGGAUCCCAAGAGUGGCAUUGCUCUGGCCACGCUACAUGCUCACAAAUCGACUGUGAUGGAUCUGAAAUGGAAUAACAAUGGCAAUUGGCUAGUUACAGCAUCCCGAGAUCAUCUGCUCAAGCUUUUCGAUAUACGAAAUUUACGCGAAGAAGUUCAAGUGUUUCGUGGUCACAAGAAGGAAGCCAGCUCCGUAUCCUGGCAUCCCAUACACGAGGGACUUUUUUGCUCUGGAGGUUCGGAUGGCAGCAUUUUAUUCUGGAACGUUGGAACGGACAAGGAAAUUGGAUGCGUGGAAACGGCACAUGACAGUAUUGUGUGGACUCUAGCCUGGCAUCCGCUAGGACACAUUCUCUGUUCCGGCUCUAAUGAUCAUACAAUUAAAUUUUGGACGAGAAAUCGACCUGGAGAUCUGAUGCGUGAUAAAUAUAAUCUUAACACAUUGCCCGCUAGCUUGGCUGCCCUGGAUGAAUGUGAAUACGAUGAUGCCGUAAUACCUGGCAUGGGACCCGAGGACAGGGUAGAGUUUACAGAAAGUUUAACGGCCGACAAAGGCUUUAUUCCUGGCCUGGAUUUGGAUCCCAAUAGGGGCAUUAGCGACAGGGACAGAGAGAAGAAAGUGCCGUACAGCAAACCCAUUCCACGUAACUUCCAAGUGCAGUGGGCAGGUCCACGGCGGGCUGAUGACCCUAGUGUUCUUAGCAUUCAUGAUGAGCUUGCUGCCCGCGAGGCCAAAGACUCUUCCAGCGGCCUAACUUACCAGCAGAUUAGCGAGAAUACACUGGAAGGCAUUCUGAGCAGUGGAAUGCUUAAUGGCUUAGAUCCACAGACAAUUGUUGGCAUUUUCGUUUAUGGACGAUUCAUUCGUGUUCAUCCUGAUUCACGUGUAAUGGCCGCUAUACGUCAGGGAUCUGAUUUUCUCAAUAAAUACAUCGAUGCCGGCAAACUGGAGGAGCUAAGCGAUGUGGUCCCAGUCCCAGAUAGAUCUCGGUCCGUGUCGCCAACAGUGGAAGCUCGUGGUGAGGUGGCUUCUCCACCGCUGAAGAAAUCUCGUUUUGAGCCGCGUCAACACAAUGCCCAAUUGGUGUGUGUGCGCGAACUUUUGCUCUUGAAGAAGCCAUUCCUGCCCUCUUUGGUAACUGUGAAAACGCAACAGCCCAACACGGAAUUUGUGGAUGAACCUCCUUUAGAAACGACGAGAGAACGUGAGCGAGAACGUGAACGAGAAAGGGAGAGAGAAAGGGAUAUGGAUCGCGACUGGGAUAGGGAACGAGAUCAGUCAUCACAGUCGGGAAGACCAAAUCCCUGGGCAACCAAUGCACCAUGGUCAAGUAAUGGUAAUAGUGGUGGUGGAAAUAAUGGCCCCUCGAAUGGCUUUAAUAACAACAACUCAAGCGGUGAUAUGUUUCAUGAUCGUGACCGAGAUCAAUACCAGAAGGGUUCCAACAAUGGCGGACGCAGUGGUGGUCGUAGACGUGGCAAUAAUAAUAAUAAUAACGGAAACAGCAACAAUGGAGGUGGUGGAAAUGGCAGGAGUCGCGGCCGCACCAACAAUCGGCGCUAUUAAAUCACAGAGAAUCCUCCUGCCGACCCCCACCCACAUACAUUCUCAUUAACCCAGCUUGUUGUUGUUCCCCACAUUUUACACAUUUUAAUGGCAAUGAUUUACAUUCAAUACAGCAAACAAAAAAAAACAAAUAUAUAUAUAAAUUGUUUAAGAAUGCAAGCAACAAAAGAAAAAAGAAGCAACCAACCAUAUUGUAAAAUA